AUGCAGUUCACCAAGUCCCUCCUGCUGCUGGCAGCCCUCACCACUGGCUCCCUUGCCCACCGCGUGCACGGCCACGCAAGACGCCAGUCGCCAUCCGCCACUGCGUCUGCCGUUCCCUCUUCCUCUGGCUCUGCUUCCGGGGGAUCCUGGACCGCCACCCCUGCUAGCGGGUCCUACUCUACUGCCGGAUUUGGCUCUUCCACCGCCAACAGCGGCUCUGAUAUCACCUACCAAGGCAACGUCGGCAACCCCUGGGGUAGCAAUAUCAUUGAGGUGUCGGAGAGCGAUGCCUCGAACUACAAGCACGUGGUCGCCAUCUCGGGCCAGAACACCGAGCCCUGGUCGGUUGUCUUCUGGAACAAGUAUGGCCCUGACGGCAAGAUGGACGGCUGGUACGGCAACGCCGCCGUGAGCUUCACCCUCAACGCCGGUGAGACCAAGUAUGUUGCCUUCGACGAAGACACAAACGGUGGCUUCGCUGCUGCUCCUGGCAGCAUUCCCACCGACUCCGACGGCGGAUACGCCUCCACCUGGGGUGAAUUCGACUUCGGCAGCGCCGGUAACUCGGGCUGGUCCGGCUUCGACGUCUCUGCUAUUGUCGCCCAGAACGCUGGUCUCACUGUCCAGGGCAUGAAGAUGUGUGACGUCUUCAGUGGUACCUGCUCCUCUAUCACUCCCGGUGCCGCAUCGGUGAACAAUGCUUACACCACCGCCGAGACUGACAUCGGUGGUAUCGGUGGCAACCUCUCUGGCGAUGGCGCGGUCCGUCUCGCCGUUACUAUCGACUACAGCGGUUAA